AUGGAGAAUCUUCAUUACACAAAAAAACAAUCUUCAUUUCAAGUUCUUUAUAAGAAUAAAAAUAUCAAUGCUUUGACAAAUUAUUCUUCAAAUGUAUCAUCUUCUUUUUUAAAAAGUAAUAACAGUAUUUUAAAUAAUAUCGCAAAGACAACAUUAGAAAAAACUGAUAAAAAUUGUUAUCUUAAUAUUGUUCCAUUUGAUAAAGUUAAUUUUUCUCAACUUCAUCCAAUAAAUGGUUCAUUAAGUAAUUCUUCUAGAAAUAUUUAUAACCAAAAAAAGAAACAACAAGUUUUUAUUAACCAUUCAUCACAAGAUUCUUCAAAGAUCCAGACUUCUAACAAUUUACCAUACUAUUCAAAAAGUGUUGUUGAGAAGAUUUUAAAAACUUUUUUAGACUCUAAAAAAAUAAAUACUCAUAUAAAAGAUGUCUAUCAUGAUAAAUCAUUAAUUGACUUCUCAAAUGAAUUAUCUACUUAUUCACAAAUUGAUGUUAACAAUGUAAUUAAUAAUUUAUUAACUUCAAAAAUAACUACCAAAAAAGCAAGUAAUGAUGAUUCUUGUAAUUUGUUACAAAAUGAUAUUUCUACUAAUACAAAUAUUUUCCAUGAAAGUUCAGUAACAAAAAAUUUAAAAGAAAUCUUAGAUUCAAAAACUAAAUUCCAAGAAAAAGACGGUAAUUAUUUAUUCUUAUUUGACUAUUCAAAUGAUGUCAUAAAUAUAGAUGUACUGAAAAAUCUUCAAAAUUCAAAGUGUAAAGAUUUAAUAAAACAUCCUUUUAUUAUGAAUUUUAUUGAUGAAAAAUUGAUAAAUAAAAAAGAAAAUUGUUUAAGUUAUUUUAUAAUAAGUUUAAAUUUUCUUAUUUCUCUUUAUUGUGGUACAAUAAUAUCACCAAACAUAUUUACAAUUAUUAGUGGAAUCGAAAUCUUUCUAUAUUUUAUGUAUUUUCUUGUAAGUUUAAAAUGA